AUGGUUUAUAAAGGAAUAUUGUCUGAUGGGAGAAUUGUUUCAGUAAAGAAGUCCAAGACUAGGUCAUGGGAUAUACAAUUACGCAUUGCAGCGGAAGUUGCGAGUGCAAUUUCUUACUUACACUCAUCUGCAUCCAUCCCCAUUUAUCACCGAGAUAUCAAGUCUAGUAACUUACUACUAGAUGAAAAGUUCCGAGCAAAAGUGUCAGACUUCAGAACAUCUAGAUCAAUCAGCAUUGAUCAAACUCACUUGACCACUCAAGUGCUUGGGACUUUUGGGUACUUAGAUUCUGAAUACUUCCAGUCAAGUCAAUUUACUGAAAAGAGUGAUGCUUAUAGUUUCGGAGUGGUUAUUGUCGAGCUCUUAACGGGGAAAAAAAUGGUAAUCUCAAUGUUCGGAUCUCAAGAAAAGAGAGACUUAGUCUCGUAUUUUAUGUCGUCGAUGGAAGAAAACCAUCUGCUGGAUAUUGUUGAUGCUGAAAUUGGGAAAGACGGUCAAAAGGAUGAAGUAGUAGCAGUUGCUCAACUUGCGAAAAGAUGCUUGAACUUAGAUGGGAGAUAUAGACCAACAAUGAAAGAAGUGGCCGUGGAACUCGAGAGACUUAGAACUCGACAAGGUGACUGCAUCCCCAUUGAUCAGCUUAAACAAGUUGAGGUCGUUGUAAGAAAAUCGGCUAAGAGUUGGGAUUUCACUUCAUUCUUAACAGAACAUUAUCCGAUUUGCAGUAUGACAUCUACAUCAGAAUCAGAUGUUCAUCCACUUAUGUGGAAUCCAGUUUAG